GGCUGUCCGGCUGUCGAUGUACGCAGGACUGCGUUCCAACAUUGAAAAUAGUAAUGUUUGCACAUUUGACAUAUACUCUGUAAACUACUGAUUGUUAAUUAUUAGAUAAAAUCACAGACACUUCUCAGCAUUGGUUGACCAGGGUUGACCAGUAUGACAGUUUAAGAAUGAUCUGUACGCGGCCUCCGUCGAAGUAAAAUAUGCGGAAAACCGGCUCAGCCACAUUGAGAGUAGCUUUGAGACUGCCCUAGGGAGUUAUCACAUGCUCAUUGAUGGAGCCCAUGAAAACAUCUACAAGCUCUUGGAAAUUCACUAGUACAGGAUUUGUUCAGCGGGGCCAGUCUACUUCAGAGAAGGCUGGACAUCCCAAUAAAGAUUCCUUUUCUACCCUGAAGAACAACAGUCUGGACACCAGUCUUAGGAAGACUGCUAUUGUGAAUGUCAAGGAGCAGCCCUCUUGUAGGGUCCUGCUUCCACCCCCUCGGUUAGCAUUUCCCAAUGAAGACCCCGCGCCACCUGCGGAAGCCAAUGGCAGCUCUGAGCUGAGUCGCAUGCUGUUCCAGCGUGACACGCGCCAGGCACAGACAUUCAAGCCCGCAAGCACACUUUCCUCUGUCAGUGAGGCGUCAGUCCACUACCUCAAUGACCAGUCAGCCAUCAAUGUAGCUUGCCAGCAACCAGCACAGCAGCCAACGACCAGUAAAGUAGACGACCUUCCCUGCUCGUCGUCCACCAUCCCAAGCCAGCAAGACGCUGGUGGUGUGCCUGGCCAGGGUAGUGUCCACCAUCCACAGCCAGAGAUGCUGCAGAGCACAGCCCACAGCCCCAGCGCCAGCCAGCGUCUGGAGAGCUUGCGGCGUCAGCAGGCGGAUGAUAAGCUGGCGAAGCUGAAGGAGCGCAUCCGCAGGCAGCGGGAGCACCUGGAGGAAGCAGCAGGGAAGAGCAAGGAGGCGGUGGGCAGCCUGGACAGGCCUCAUGCUGCAGCUGGAGGAGGCAGGAGCUACGGCCAGUCUGGCAGCGCUGCACCCUCCGCCCACGUCCGCAAAGUCAUAGCGGCACCCCCUGCUCCGGGCUAUAAAGGGUUCACCACGAGUGAGAUUAAAAUUCACACCCCGGACACAAGAAUGAACCCAGUGGAGGAAUUCAUCGCCCUCAGAAGAGACGUCUACAGAGACCUUACACGCCAGCUCACAGGAGAUGGCACCAGAUCAAAAGGUCGUGGCAGGGAACGUCAGAAGAGCAAGAAGCCAGCCAGAUCUGUUAGAAAAGUGCACAAGACGGCCUGUGUUUCUGAUGCGGACACCAAGCCUUCGUCGAUAACUACAUCAAAAUGGCGGGAAGGGCAGAAGCUGGUCAACAUGAUCCUUGGUUCUCCUCAGCAGUCUCAGCACAAAUCUGGCCUUCAAUCUGGGGACAGGCCAGCCAGGGCAGAGAGUGUGGAACGCAAUGCCUUACCAAACCGUCAUAAUCAAAGCAAGAUUGCAGAAGAUGGUGAGUGUGGUGCGGCUCAGCUGCCGGCUAAUAUCCAGGGCAUCUUGGACAGCCUCCAGCUAGAUGCACCUCUCGGUAAGCAGACGGAAAGAACGGUUUCAAGACGACAUGUGUCCCCCAGAGACACGUCAAAGGAUUACCGCUGGACCGGAGUCAGUCCCUCUGCGGCUGGCCCAACGACUAAACCAACCACGUCCGAGGCUGAAAAGCCAGAGCAAGCCAAAAGGAAGCGGCACUACGACUCUACAGAAGUUCGAGAGUACAUUUCUCGGCAGCAGCUAGAACGUCGGAAACGGCAAAUGGAGGAGCGGCGUCAGCAGCAGGAAGAAGUGGAGAGAAGAAACCAGCGGCUGAAGGAGCUGUACAGGAAACAGAAGGAAGGGUUCAGCAAGCCACUUACUACAGCCACCUUCACCACUAUGGAUCCCUCCGAUGUGGGAUCUACGCACAGAUAUCUACUGGACACUUACACCAACUCGCUGCCGGAGCAGACCCAGAUAGAGACCGACGUGCAUCUCUCUCCUUCCACAAACACCCAUAAUAAGCAGCUGCAGAGGCCCCUGUACCAGCCCUCCAAUGAGUCAGAUAAGGAAAACAAGCAACAAAACCAACCUCCAAGUCCAUCCAGCAGUGACCUGUCUGUGCCUGAGAACCAGCCUUUUGCUCUAAGGCUCUGCUCUUCCCUGAGGGGUGGUGCUGCUGCUGUGCCCGGCGAGAGAGCUCCAGCCAUGCCCACCUACCCAGAGUGGAUGGGCACAGAUGCACGCUCUGUUCCAGGAGCCUCCUGCCUGCACCCUCCAGCCUUCCCCGGCUCUUCAGCAAAUGUGAGCAGCAGAAUGAGCCGUCUGGAUAUGCUCAAGUCCACCGCCACCUCGCUCUCCAACAGGAUUGAGGACGAGGCCCGGAAGCUGCUGCAGACGUGUAAAGACAGCCAACUGGGCGCCUCUGACGCGGUGAAGGAUGACGUCGUCUUGCCCAAUCACUGGACACGCGUGGACAGCGCCAGCAUCGUAACACAGCUAGAACACCCAGCGAGCAACGUUCAGCAGCUACGCUGCACUACAAGCUUGACCACCUACGACACGGCUCUACCCGGCGUGGGAAGCUUGUACGCCUUCGGAGAAGCACAGAGAAGCAGAUCUGCUGCUGGUACUGCGAAAGACACGGCGGCGUCAUCUACCUUUGCAAAUCCUCCUCCGACCAAGAAGAGGGAAAGCAAACUGGGUCGAGACGCAGAGUCGGCCAUGUUCCACUUUCGCCAAUACGCCUCCAACAUGACCUCCGUCAGUGAGAGAGGCAACGCUCAGUCCACCAAGCCAUUCUGUCCCAUCUCAGAUUUAGACAAUGAUUGCAUUGGGAGAGAUGGCACUUUUUUGCCCCAGACCUCAGUCUUCAGCAGUGGGCCAGAUCGCUCCAGACCUGCAAGCGCCGUGUCCCUGGACAUGGAGGCCAACACGGCGGCCUGGAGGGAGCUGACUAAGGGUAGUCCUUACAGCGUCAUCAACAUCUACACCAAGAAUCUUCCAGGCAACAGCAAAGGCUACCCUUAUGAAGGGAUGUCUCCUAGGAGGAGCCAAAGAUCCAGCCCCGCCUCCUACACUGGUCAUCCGGACAGCCUGCAUGAGAAUAACGUCCACGUCUCCCUCUCCUCGCCCUCCAGCGGACAACUGCUUUGCAGAGAUCCAAGCAGGCACUGUGACGGCAGCAACAAUGCCUCAAGCAAGCAAGGGGGCAGUCCUCAAGAUGACUUGAGAAGUCAGAAAUCCGGAAUUCAGGACUUGACUCCAGUCCAGUCUCCAGGAACCUCCUGCUGCUCUGCUGCCAGUUCUCUGGGCAUGGAGGGGAGUAUUGAUGCCACUCUGGUGAAUGAUCCGGGGGAUGAGCGGUCUGAAGCCAAACUGGCUGAUUCUUUUGGCUCUUCAAAAGAACACUUCAAGGGGAGCUUUGCACACAGUUCUCAUAAACACCUGAACACAGACGGCACAUCAGGACCUCCUUCUGUUCACUCUGUGCACAGCUUAUUGGCUGAUUUGUCUCAAGAAAGGGCCGCUGUCGGCACCCCGAGCGUCUCUGCUUCUUCUGCCUCUAAUCCUCAUCUCUCAGCCUCCAAAGGCACCCCAUCACCCGUCUCAAGUUACUCUGCACUGGAGUCAUUUCACCCCAGUCUGGGUCUGGCACCCCCCAUCACCUCAGACCCUCCAUUCGCUGCUGGGGAGGGGCCUUCCAGCCCUCUCUUCAGGGGUCACAGUACGGAGCAUGGAAUGGCACAGGCAGGAGGUGAGCUCCAGAGUGCCCCCAAUGCAUUACAGCAGCGUAUGACAGCUGAGCUGAUGUACCUGGACUCAAUAGAGGAGUCCAUCAGGCAGCUGGGCGAUGUGGAGCGCGUACGCGGCGUCUCCCUGGCACAGCAGGAGGUCCUGUCCCUGGCUCACGUCCUCAAGUCCCAGCAACAAGCCCAUGAGCAGGUCUUGCAACGACUGAAGUUAAAAAGCGAGCAGGAAGCGUUUGAAUCUCGCAUGCAACUGGAACACCAGCAGCAGAGAGAAGCACAGGCCUUCCUCUCUACCAGUAGUGGGCACAGUCCUAGAGGAGGACACAGUCCCAGAGGAGGUGGCCACAGCGUCAGGAGUGCUCCACUGAGCUCUCCUUUGUCAUCGUCAUUUGAGCAGAGGAAGGACCGCAGUCCAGGGCUGGAGGACGCCUAUCUGGCAGCUGCUCACUCCACCCCCAGCACUAGCGUGCCCUCACUUCAGGACGACAAAGCAGACAGUAUUUCCGUGGCCACAGAGUAUUCUCUGAAGUUUGAUGAGUCCAUGACUGAAGACGAGAUAGAGGAGCGGUCGUUUAGAUCCCUGUUGCCUUCAGAGUCGCAUCGUAGAGGUACGCUGGAGAAGAAACACAGUCGACACGAGGAGUCGGAGGAGGAGUCGACGCAUGAUCCAGCCACCUCUCGCAACGCUGCCAAGGUGCCGCAGUCUGAGCAGGGCGGCAUGCCGUUCUCCAGUGGGCAGCACAGCUUCUCUCACUUCACCAUGGAGAUGGUGCAGCAGUACAUGAAGGAGGAGGAGGUGCGUGCGGCCCACCAGAGCUCCCUGCUGCAGCUCCGCCAGCGCGCCCUGAAGGAGAAGGUCAGAGCAGAGCUCGACUGGCUGGAGCACCUCAAAAGACGUCUCAGGGAUAAAGGAGAGGAUGACAAGAUGCCCCCAAUUAGGAAGAAGCAAAGAGUUUUACUCAUGAAGCUGCAGCAGGAACAGGCGGAGAUCAAGAGGCUUCAAGAGGCUAACAAAGCCGCCCGUAAGGAGAGACAGUUGCUGCUGAAACAGCAGGAGGAGAUUGAGCGCAUGCGCAACACCACCCUCAAACUGCGUGAGCGCCUCAAAACGGCCUGUCACCUGGAUUCCUCGGGCGUUGAAAAAGUGGAGGAGUCAGUCUCCCUCUCUGAGAUGUCUCAAACGGUGACUGAGGCCAACUCGCGCAGCACAUCUCCAGUCUCUGUGUCGGGCAGUGAGACCAGCAGCAUCAUGCGGAGGCUCAAGAAAAUGCACAGCCACAUGGAUGAGAAAUUCCUGACUAAGAGGGAGCAGCAGCUGAAGCAGCGGAGGACGUAUGCAGAGGAGCUGCUGCAGUGGAAGCAGCGGCUGGACUUUGAGGAGCGGGAGAUCCGCAGGAUGGAGAGGCAGGCCAUGGCCGACUGGCAUGAGGACACGCCUGAAGUGCCCCAACAAAAAGACCACUCAGAACAGCAGGAGUUUCAGCCGAUGUCACAUAGUGCUUUCUCAGAUGUUACCUCGUCUCCCAAAGCAACCGAGUCCUCCCCAAAGCAGCUCAGCACCCCACCUGGAGAUACUUCCUUUUCCCAGGACUCGGAUGUCUCCCCAAGACCAGUGUCGUCCUCGGUGAAAACCAUUUCUAGCCUGUCACCAGAAGUCAUCAGUGACCAAAUCUCAUCAGUGAAACAAACCACAUCGGAGCCGAGCAGCAUUGAAGGUCGCAUAUCUGCUCUGAAGGAGGAACUACGGAAACGGAAAAGUGUCGUACAGCAGUUGAAAAAAGAGCAAAAGAAACGUCACAAAGAGCGACUCAAGACACAGGAGGCAAAUCUACGCAAACAGCUGGAGUCAUAUAAUGACUUUAUAAAGAAGACGACGUCAGAAUUGAAGAAAGGCCCGGAGAAGGCACAGAUGACAAAACCAGAACGCAAGGCUGUCACCGAAAAAAUGGGGAGGAAACCAGUCAACCAAAGAGCUGAAGCAAGCAGCAACCUGAAAGAAACUGAACAAACUGACCAGUCUGCCACAGAUUUUCAAGUCAAUAGUGCUCUUGAUUCGUCACUUGCAAGUUCAAAGUCAGACUUGGGCCACAGGGACAGUUUGUCUGAAGAAGAUCCACCGACAGUUACUGCAACACCAGUUUUAGGGCCCAGCCCAGAUAAGUCCGAAGGUCCAAAAGAUUUGGUCUUGUCCAAUGAGCGCCAUCAUAGUUACACCUCUUCAAAUGCGUCAUCUGCAACACAGUCUAUUAGCGAAAACCUUGUAUCUCAUCAGAGUGUUGAAGGUCAGACUCCAGAGAACGAGCGCUCCCCCAGUCAUGUCUCAGAGGAUCUCUCAGAUGCUCUCCUCAAUCUGGAAUCAUCCGCGGGGCCUGAGGACCAGGGCAGAGAUCUGGCCGGAUUUUCCCACAGAGAAAAUGGUCAGAGGGAUGGUCCUAAAGUGUCGCUUGAACACGGUGAUGGUGAUUUGGUCAGACCAGAGGUCCAGCUGAAAAACAAGCAGAUGCAUUCCGGUUCAACCGAUGGCUACAACGAUGACUUUGAAUCUUUGGCGGAGUCUUCCCAUGUGGCUGUGGGGAAGGAAAGCACAACAUCCACUCGAAAUGAGCAAAAAACCUCAAACCACCAGUCUGUGAGCCAUUACGGUGAGGAUGAAAUUGGCGAAGAGAUUGCCUCAAAGUCCAACUCAGUGAGCGAAAUACUCUCUGAACAUCUCCUUGACUUCAACAAUGAAAAAGCCACGUUUUUAGAUGAGGACAGAGGAGAGGACUUGCAAAAUUCUACCGAGUCCCCGGAGCUAAGUUCCAAUUCACAACACCGGUCAGCAGCUGAUAAGAUGGCCAGUUUCAGCAUUGGCGAUAGAGUCAUUGUGAGAAAUCUCCAGCAAGGUGUUUUGAAGUUCAAAGGUCAAACUAGUUUUGCCAAAGGAUUCUGGGCAGGAGUGGAGCUUGAUGAAUCAGAGGGCAGCAAUGAUGGGACCUGUGAUGGAGUAGUUUACUUUGAUUGCAAACCAACCCAUGGUGUCUUUGUGUCUCCAAGUGACGUCUCUCACCUGCCAGGGCUUGGUAGUGUUGAGGACGCCACAGAUGAUGAGCACUCUUACUUUGAUGACUCAUCACGCAAGGAGACGAUAUUCGACGGCUCAAAUGACCAAUCACCCCAACAACCACCCCGUGCCCUUGAUGACCACCAAAAGGGCGAUAAAGGGUCAUUCACUGGAGACAAACAAGAUCAGGGUAUGGAGUCUAGUGAGCUUCAAAAUGAACAAACCAGAUUAGAAGAAGUGUUCACUCCUGCUGAUGUAUUUUUCCAACGCAAUGAAGAUGAAGGCUCAUUAAUCAGUGGAGAAAGCAAAGCCAUCAACUCGUAUCUUGAUAAAGAUGACCAGAGGUCGGACCUGAAAAGGCAGACUCAAGAAGAGGAACGCUCCACCUCACCUGAAGUAACAGGAACGCAAAUUUCUCCUGAGGAAAGGAGUUUCAGCACAGUUGCCGAUCAACUCUUCAAGAACUUUGUGUCCGAGACGGUUCAACAGUACCAGCAGAUUCAAAAAACCAAACUCCAGAAGAUACAGGAUGCCAAUCUGCAGACAGGUGAUCCUGACCCCUCUGCGUCCCUCACACAGCUGCCUCCAUCAGACCUAAUGGAAAGGUUUCCUCUGUUUGAUGACGAACAAGAGGAGAUCACGUCGCCAGAACUUAAUAAGCGACAGGAGAGUGCCGUACUGGAUGAAUCUGGGCAACAGGAACUGGUGAAACGUUUGGCUGAGCUGGAAUUUAGUCGUGAACUGUUGGACGCUCUGGGCGAUGAACCAGACUGGUUUGAGGAGGACUUUGGUCUGAGCUCCAAGAAAGAGCAACGGCAGAAACAGCCCCACCUGUGGCAGGACGAUGAUACGACAAGUACAGUGUCAAUACAACAGGCUGCAAAAACUCCCCCCAGGCCGGAUCUACCUCAUCAAAUACCUGAGAAACCAGCCAUGGUGGUGCCUUACGGUGUACCCGAGAUGGAAAAACUAGUGUGUGCUGCCACUCAGGAGAUAUGGGAGCAGUGCAGAUUGGGAACGGGUAAACCGCUGGAUGUUUUUGCCAAGCCACAGGCUUCUGUCAGUUUCUUGGGAGAGGACACCAAGAAUGACGACCAGGUGACUCACUGCAAGAAAAGCUACAAUCAGGCUGUAUUUGAUUUAUCCUGGGAGGUUAUGAAAGACAUUUUUGCCAAGGAUCAUAACUCGGAACAACCCCAAUGGAUAAAGCCCCAGCGCACAAGGUCAUCCUACGGCCAUGUGAACAAGUCCACAGAGAACCUCCAAACACUCCAGUCUUUCCUCACAGACGAGGUGCUGAAGCUGUAUGGCUUGAGGAGAGAGCAGAAUCAGCAGACAGACUGGCAGAAAAUGCUCAAAUUUGGAAGGAAGAAGAGAGACCGAGUAGAUCACAUACUGGUGCAGGAGCUGCAUGAGGAGGAGUCCCAGUGGGUGAACUACGAUGAAGACGAGCUGUACGUCAAGAUGCAGCUGGCCGACGGCAUUUUUGAUGCCUUGCUCAAGGACACAGAGGACGUGCUAACUCAAAUUCAGGAACGAAGAUCAAUUCGGGCCCUGUCCUCCUCAACUCCUCAGAUAUCCUCAUGACUUGAGAUUGCCUUGUUCAGAUGAUGGGAGGUGUUCUGGACCUGUUUAUGUUUUUGUUUGUUCAUGAACUGUUGUGUUUUUGUUUGAUUUCAUUAGAUAAAACUCAUCAUCUGUAUUCAGACCAAACGAUAUGGGCGGCUGGAGGAAUUAGAAAGGAGAUUUGUAAAAGAUCCCCAAAUGCCAAACCAUCCAAGAUGUUUCUUUAGAUGUCAGCUUAAUGCUCACCGGGUUCUCUGAGGUCAGAGAGCCAAUGCUAAUGCCAUUAUUAUUUAAUGAAGUAUGUCAACGUUGUCAUUAAUGUCUAACAAAAUUCUGUUCUGUUAAAAUGCAUUUUUUUUGGUCAUUUGUGCAUUUGAGGUGUAUAUUGUGGCUCUAUUUCAUUGUUUUUCCAAUCACUGUGGUUACACUUUAUUUAGAUGUCUCAAAAAAUCUAUUUAUCUGUAUAAAAUCUAUAAAUGUUAUUUUGUUUAGAACAGGUCUCUGUUCUGCUGGUACAUCCAAUCUUUUGAAGAGUCCAACUGAGCAAACUGCACACAGUUAGGGAUAUGUUUUUGUAUAAUGUAGGAACUAUGGCAAAUAAGGGCUCGUUUGUUAUGAAUAAUUAGGAACUUGCUAUGUUCUGUUGUGUAUGCAUAUUGUACAGUAAUUCUUUUUUCAAAUAACCCUGUAUGUAGAUAAAACUUGUCCUGAAAUGCUGCACUUGUUCAGUGAAAAUACUUUUUUUUAAUGUAGCCUUCACUUUAUAAUUGAAAAGUGUCACCUUUUAGGUUUGACACGGAAUGACUUGGCUGCUUUGCAAUCAGAUGUACAGAGGUGUUCUUAAACUGCACCACACUGCAGAUCUCCACGUCCUCAAUGGAUAUUGUAAGAUAUACAAUAUGUAUAGUCUGAUGUGGUUGAAGAAGAAGUAUUGUGGAUAUACAUGUGAUUUUAUAAAAUAUUUUGACAAUGUAAAUAAAGUAGAGUUGUUGAAUCGA